UGCAUUAUGUCACAUCAAACAGCCAGACGUUCACAGGCUCCAACCAGCCUUGAAUGUCCGCUGGCUUCGUUGGGUCGCAACUCAGCCGCUGUUAUGGAUACACUAAAUGGUCUGCAUCAGCCUACAUUCCAUCAUCCCCUAAGUUCAAGUCCUUUGGAUCCACAGGUCUAUCAAAUGUCACGUAAAUCACCGAAUCUAAGCAUUGACACCGAUACGGAGCCAAUUUAUCACAGCAAUUCCAAUGAUCCCGCCGAAGAUACCGUAGAUGGUUUGGUAGAGCCAACAAACAACAAUGGAAACCCCACCAAUGCGAAUAACAACGCCACACAAACGGGAGCCCCACCACCACCAAAUCAAUUGUACAAUCUUUCAAGAUCUUCGUCACACUCCUCAAAUACAAAUCGUUUGGUACGCCAUCAGGCGGUACGUACAAGUGCGGCGCCCAACGUCAAUGCAAAUGGUACGGGUCGUAAUUCGCAAUAUUAUUUGGAAAAGAAAAUGGAAUCAUUGUAUUUGGGAAGUGCCAUAAGGGGUCUGCCCCUCGGUUCAGAGGCUAGCAAUUAUCAAAGUGAACGUUAUUAUCUGGAGGAUGGGCUGAGAAGCAUGUGCAACUUUAGUGAUGACAAUGAACGGCUGCAAGAUCCCCACCUAAUACAUCAUCGAGCCUCCAGCCCCAGCGAAACAUCCGGUUCGGAUCGUUAUCUCUUGAAUCGUACCAAUUCCCCCGCCAAUGCAUUCAAUUCAGCCAAUCGCCUCGAUAAUGGAUUUUCCAGUUCGAACAACAACACCUCAUCGUCAUCAAAUUUGGCUUUGGAUCAACGAUAUCAUCAUACGAAAGUGAAAAGCCUCUCCGAUGGCCUGUGUAAUUUAGGUAGAUUUUCACCUAGUCUUGAUCAAGGUUAUGCCACACUGGUAUCACCCUCACCGACAGGACAUCAUCCGAAUACCAUUACGACACAUGGUAUUGUUCAUCAUCCACCACCGGCCGCCAUGUCUGCGGCAGCGGCAAUAGUAAGACGUCAUGUCGAGACGGGUCCACCACCAUGGUCGAAAAAGGGUCCACUGCGUUCGGGGCCAUAUUUUGAUCGUUUACCCGAUGAGGCCAUAUUGAAAAUAUUUCAAUGGUUUGAUAGCUGUGAGCUGUGCAAUCUGGCAAGGGUAUGUCGAAGAUUUGAACAGUUGGCAUGGCGUCCCGUUUUGUGGAAAGUCAUUUCCCUAAAGGGGGAACAUUUAAAUGGCGAUAAAGCUUUGAAAAUGAUGUUUCGCCAGCUAUGCGGUCAGACACGAAAUGGUUCAUGCCCUGAAGUUGAGAGAGUUAUGUUGGCCGAAGGUUGCCGCAUUUCGGAUAAAGGUUUACAGUUGCUAACACGCCGUUGCCCUGAGCUGACUCACCUCCAACUGCAAAUGUGUGUGAAUGUCUCAAAUCAGGCCCUCAUCGAUGUUCUAACCAAAUGUACAAAUGUUCAGCAUUUAGAUGUAACGGGUUGCACCCAAAUCAAUACCAUCACACCAAAUCCAAAUCUAGAACCUCCACGAAGAUUGCUGCUGCAAUAUUUGGAUUUAACCGACUGCACUGCCAUAGAUGAUGUGGGCCUGAAAAUUGUCGUAAAAAAUUGCCCCCAAUUGGUGUAUCUUUAUCUAAGACGCUGCAUACAAAUAACAGAUGCAGGCCUCAAAUUUGUGCCAAGUUUUUGUAUUGCCCUCAAAGAGCUAAGCGUCUCGGAUUGUGUUAAUAUCACCGAUUUCGGCCUUUACGAACUGGCCAAGCUGGGUGCUGUGCUGCGCUAUCUAUCGGUGGCGAAAUGUGAUCGCGUCUCGGAUGCUGGCCUCAAGGUUAUAGCAAGACGAUGCUAUAAGCUGCGCUAUUUAAAUGCUCGUGGCUGUGAGGCGGUAAGUGAUGAUUCCAUCACUGUGCUGGCGAGAUCAUGUCCUCGUUUGCGGGCCCUUGACAUUGGCAAAUGUGAUGUCAGUGAUGCUGGCCUCCGGGCAUUGGCAGAAAGUUGUCCGAAUUUGAAGAAAUUAAGUUUACGCAAUUGUGAUAUGAUCACCGAUCGUGGGGUCCAAUGUAUUGCCUACUAUUGUCGUGGACUGCAGCAGCUGAACAUUCAGGAUUGUCAGAUUUCGAUUGAGGGAUAUCGGGCGGUGAAGAAAUAUUGCAAGCGAUGUGUCAUCGAACAUACAAAUCCGGGAUUUUGUUGA